AUGCCGCGGGAGCCCUACCAACGUUGCAGCCAGGCCAUCUUCGAAGCUUGGCUCAAGAAGAAAAUCCAAGCCGAGCCACUCAUCGACUCGCACUUUGGAUGGAAAUUCGACGCCUUCACCGAGAUUGAAGGUGGGGUCGAGUCCAUCAUCAUUGAUACUGCGAGUGGAGAGAACCACAUAGUACGGAGUCAAUAUCUCGCAGGCUGCGAUGGAGCCGGUAGCCGUGUACGGAAGAAUAUUAAGAGUGAGCUGCUUGGUGGCCCUACACCCGCAGCCAGGUAUCUCGUUCAUUUCAAGUCUCGAGACCUCUCGAAGCUUCAAAAACAAGGUCAAUUCUGGCACAUUUUCUUCACCAGCGGAAGUGUUAUCAUAUCGCAAGACGAAGUUGAUACCUGGACUGCUCACUUGCCUAUAUCUCUCGACACGGACUGGAAAUCACUAGACCCAGAGGAGGCCAUUUACAAGGUCCUAGGGGGCUCACACGCCCCAUUUCAUAUCAAGGUCGACGAGGUACUUGUAUGCAGCUCCUGGCGCCCAAGCAUUGCUUUUGCACAAAAGUACGCUACAGACAGCCUCCGAGUCUUCCUUGCGGGAGACUCUGCCCACCAAAAUAUCCCAACUGGAGGAUAUGGCAUGAACACUGCUGUGGGCGACAGUUUCGACCUUGGAUGGAAGCUCGCAGCUGUCGUCAAUGGCUGGGGCGGGAGUCAUCUACUACGGUCGUAUGAGAUUGAGCGCAAGCCAGUAGCCAUCCGCAACAUCGAACGUUCAGGCGUCCACCACAAAGUUCACCAGGACUACACCGAGUGGAUAGCGGAAGCCGGUCCAGGAGCUCUCACGUCCAGCACCGACGAAGGCGCGGCUCUCUGGGAACGCAUCAAGACGCAUGUUCUUUCACAUGAUGGUGAAAAUAAAGGCCAUGGUGUUGAGAUGGGAUACAGAUACAACGGUUCCCCCAUUGUCGUGGAAGACGCUCAUGACACAGAAGCAGAACCGGAAUGGAACUACCGUGACUAUGUCCCAUCUACCUGGCCAGGCGCACGAGCGCCACAUGUCUAUCUCGACGAUGGUAAAACGAGCAUAUUUGACCAUUUUGGACCAGGAUUCACCCUUGUCGACUUUACCUUGGAUGGGAGAUGGGUCGCUCAAUUCGAUGCCAUUGCAUCACGACUUCAGGUCCCUCUUAAACUGGUGCCCUUACCACUGGAGCAACAUGCUAGAAGAGUUUGGGGCCGAGAUGCUGUCUUGAUCCGCCCCGACGAUCAUGUUGCGUGGCGAUCCCCCGUCCACAAAGAGGAGGACGACAUUGAGCGAGUCCUCAAAAUCGCAACUGGCCGAGAUGCGCUGGAACCAAGCGAUAAGAAUACCUCAGACUAUAUGCUCGAGUCUGUCAAAAAGUCAGGGUUCACUGGAACCGUGGGAAACAUGGGACGGACCCCUGUGAAGCAGCUGGCUGAGUUCCAAAAGUGA